AUGGCAUCCCGGCGGCUGUCAGGGUUUCAACCACUCCUCAAGGGUAAGUCGCAUCUCCUGCGAUCCCAGCAACGACGCUGGGCGCAGGUUCAUGAUGUGCGCUUCCUGGCCACCCACCACGAUCCGAAUCACAUCAUGGAGAAAUACCGCAACAAGCUGGAUCAAAAGGCCAAGCAGGAAGGGCUGGGCUCUAUCGAAGCCUUAAAGGAAGCGUACAGCGACAAGAUCCAGGACCUUCGUCGACAAGCUGCUACAGUGGCCACCCCCGAACCCGAACCUGACGCGCCGAUUCCCCGCGCCAAGACGACAUUCACAGCAAACACACCUCCAGCCUCUCACCCUCCAUCAUCAUCAUCGUCGACGACGGGAGGUGCGUCAGCGACAGAAAAGGCCGCCCGGGAAGUCUCCAGCAGCGCAAGCCCCAUUAAACCGCUGAGCACCUAUAUCGACGUGGAAAAGAUUCGCGAGCUGCCACCCAAGGAGAUUGAAGCGCUAUGGCGGUUGCGAUUCGCAAACAGUUCCACCACCAUCUGCGCUGCGAUUCCUCUAGAUACCUACCUUCGCAUUGCCGAGGCAGCCCGCCAAAACCCCCAGUUCAUCCUUCCUCUUCCCCGCCAGGCUGCGGACCAGGACAUGCAGACCCCGGACGGUACCCCUGCGCAGACCGCGGCCGAGAUCCAUUUCCUGCAAUGGGCUUUCCACCCACCCGCCGAGGACUUCGUCGCGACCAAGAAGGACACAAUCAACAACCAUACUUCGACCGUGAUUUUCACCAACCUGGGCGCUUUCAAGAUGCAUGGCUCUUUUGCGCAGCCGCACACCACGGUCACGCAUCAUCUGGACUUGGCUGAUGACAAGGGGCUGGUCCUCAUGCAUGGCCAAGUCAUGCCGGAUCGGGGCGUCUCCACUACCGAGGCGACUUGGUUGGUCAGCUCGGUGCAGCGCUUCUACGAUUUCGGCGGGCAAGCCAGCGGUCGCAAGGGCGAGUUGGUGCGUAUGUUUACGCGCGGCGAUGUGGAAAACUUCAAGGUGGAAGAAUUGAUGGAGGAGACGGAGCGAAUUCACUGA